UCACUAUGUCUACGAUUUGUGAUAGUACGAAUAAAAAUGCUGCUGUACAUUAUAGUGGUAUUAAUUGCAUUCUUCUUGGGUAUCAAACGAUACAAGUAUUUGAAUCAAUUUCGUGAUUUCUAUGGACCUCCAUCAUUACCGUUUAUUGGGAACUUCCUGGACAUGAGAAGUAUUCUGAAAAAUAUUAAUAUUUUCAAUGAAUUUCCUGCGAAAUAUGGAAAGACCACCAAAAUGUUCUUUGGUAUGCACGCGGCCUUGAUAACAACUGAUUUGAAACUGAUAGAGGUGAUCGUGAAUUCUCCAGACUUGAUAAAUAAAUCAUACGCUUACAUCAUAGCAUUCAGUCGAUGGUUGGGCGAUGGUCUUCUCAUCAGUUCAGGUGAAAAAUGGAGAUCGCAUAGGAAGAUCCUAACACCAGCUUUCCAUUACAAGAUCCUGGAGGAUUUCAUCGAGGUGUUCGAAUCGCGAGGAAAGGUCUUGGUGGACAAUCUGCUGAAAGCCUCCAGCGAGGAUUGCGUGAACGUGCACAAAUUAUUCAGUCUCUAUACGUUGGACGUUAUAUGCGAUACUGCGAUGGGAACGGCUAUGAACGUUCAGUGCAAUCCCGAUCACAAAUACAUGCAAGCCAUAAAAACGAUGUGCGAUAUUUCAAUGACGCGCAUUAUAAACCCAUUUUACAGAAUAAAAUUUAUGUAUAAGUAUACAAAUAUGUACAAAUCCGAGAUGGAUGCUUUGGAAAUUAUUACCAGCUUCAGCCUCGGCAUCAUUGAGAAACGCAGAAAAUUUUUGGAAACGUAUCAUUCCAAUGAUGAUAACGAAUAUGACGAGUUUGGUAAACGCAGGAAGAUGACCUUCAUGGACAUCUUGUUGAAGAGUACUAUUAAUGGUAAGCCGUUGACGAACGAGGAGAUUCGCCAAGAAGUUGAUACUUUCUUAUUCGAGGGACAUGACACUACUGCAUCAGCAAUAAGUUUCACCUGUUACAACCUCGCAAUGAACCCGGAUGUGCAGAAACUAGCGUACGAGGAAAUUUGCCAUGUGUUACCGACAGAUCGCAUGGUUACGAUCACCGAUCUUCAAAAUUUAAAAUAUUUGGAGAUGGUAAUUAAAGAAUCUCUAAGGCUGCAUCCAUCGGUCCCGCUUCAUUCAAGAGUUGUUGAUAAAGAAUUUGAAUACAAUGGAAUCAAGUUACCAAAAGGUUUAAGGAUAUCUGUAAACCAGUAUACUUUGCAUAGAGAUCCAGUUGAAUUUCCGGAUCCCGAAAAGUUUGAUCCUUUGAGGUUUACAGCUGAUGAACAGUCUAAACGCCAUCCGUUAGCCUAUAUUCCUUUCAGCGCCGGUCACAGAAAUUGCAUAGGUAAAUAA